AUGCCUAGAAAACAGCUUUCUUCUAGAAGAGUGGCGCACGGCAAAGCUUACGCACCCUAUCUAUUUUCGCCAUGUCAAUUGAGGAAAUUCCCCAAACGUUUCAGGACAGGGCAGUGCCCCAAGUUAAUCGAUGGGCUCGGACAUGACCGACUAGGCCCCCUUGCAGCCCCCGCAAAGACAGUUGAAGCGUUAUCAAUUGUUGCCCCUGACUUUGGAAGCACGGCACCGUAA